GCUUGUCCAGGCUGCUUCGAAACCGAAAGAUCCUCUGAAUAAAAUCGGCCCGGUCCUUCGCCGUGCGGUGGCCGUUAAGAGAAUGAUCGAUAUGCUAGCAGAGAGUCAUCCUAGCGCCAAGUUGGCAUGGAGUUUCGUAUCCAUGGGGGUCGACAUAUUGAAGAAACAAGAGGAUACGAAUGAACAGGUGGCAGAGCUCUAUGGUAUCAUGAUAUCAGCCUACGAAGCGGCGAGCGAGAGCAAGGCCUUACGAGCUAUAAAAAGGCUUGCCUUCGUGUAUGACGCCCUUUUCAAGCAGACAAUUUCAUGCGCUCGGUUCAUUGAAGGAUACGCAAAGCAGAGCAUUUUAGGUCGAGUGAUCAGCGCUAACCUAUCCAAGAAAGUCAAAACACUCCGGGAAUAAUUCCAAAAAUUGAAUACGAGGCUCCAUUUGAAGAUCUCUACGGAAACUUUGGAUAUGGCUAAGGCAGAGGAAGAAUGGCGCGAAAUGAAAGAAAACUUUAAAAGGC